AUGACAACAUUUUGGUUAAUAUUUGUCAUUCUCUCCUGGUACUGCUCGUCGCUUUUAAUUGCGGCCCAGUAUGAUGCCUUUGUUAAUAAUCCAAUAUCUUUUGUCGUGGAGACAACUUACAAAGACUGGAAUACACAGUUCCCUUCGAUUGCUGUUUGUGAAAGCGAAAAUUCAGGACGCAUAGAAAACAUUUCUGACAGUUUAUGGGGCCCAGAACAUAAUUUUGAAAUAGAAGAAGUUCUGAAGGAAAUUGCAUAUUUCAAAGGUAUAACCUAUUACGUAUCUAGACUGUGCGGGGAUGAAGAUCCUUUGGCAGAAUGUUUUAAAUCGAAUCUAAGCUAUUUUGCAAAUCUGGUACGGAGUCCAUGCAAGGACUUAUUAUUAAAUUGUUCGUGGAAUGGAAAGCCUUUUAAUUGUUGCACUUACUUUAGACCUUUGGAAACAGAGCUGGGCGUGUGCUACGUUAUUAAUACUAUUCAAGGAAGAAAUGGCAUGCCUAAACUCGAAAUGAUUAGUAACAGAACUACAGGACCUGGAAUGAUUAAGUUUGGCGUGAGAUUACCGGUAAAGGUGUUUGUGUUGAACGAAGAAGAAGUACCAUCGAUGACAUCUCAUGGUUCUUACGCUAUACCUGUUGUUUUAGAGUUCAAUUAUAGACGUCAAAUAACUAUAAGAAAUAUUGAGAACGAUGUUGAUGCCAGGAUGAUUGUUCCUGAAAAAAGAAAAUGCAGAUAUGCCGACGAAAAUAUUUUACAUGUUUAUCCUUAUUACUCGUACACCGCGUGCACAGUGCAAUGCCGAAAGGAUGCCCAAUUAAGUCUAUGUAAUUGCACAAAUUUCUUCAUGCCUAAUACAAAAGAAUCAUAUAAGUGUAACGUAACUGGAAUUAUAUGCCUCAAUGAUAAUCAACACUUGCUAUCCGUUCUUAAAGCACGCUGGUCAUCGCGACCAGGAUUACACUGCGAUUGUUUACCAUCUUGUACUGAAGCCGAAAUAUCUAUAGUUAAGGAUUUCAAAAUACCGAAUGAUCAAAAAAUAUCUACUGUCCAGAUAGAGCUGUCGACGUUACCGAGUGAGAAGUAUAGACGAAAUGUUGUUCGAGGUGUGCUUGAUUUAGUUGUGUCAACAGGAGGAACUGGCGGAUUAUUUCUCGGCGCAAGCUUGUUGAGUUUCGUAGAGUUGCUAUAUAUUCUGCUUUUAAGACCAUUUUGCGAUAUGUACACUCGGCGAAAUGAUGAUAGAUGGCAUAGAAAGUAUGGAAACCGACGCAUUGAAGAUAACCAAUUUAAUCGUAAAAAUAUUAAAAUUGCAUUUAAAAAAAAGUAGGAAAGUGACAACAUAAACAUUUGUUCUUAUAGAUUUGAUCGAUGAAAGAACAAAGUAAAAUGAACGUAACUGUAAAACCAAUAUGUU